AUGAAGGCGAUGGAGACGAUACAGGAUCUGAUCGAGGAAGCCAAACUACGGACCGUAUGGUGGGGCUUAUGCAUCUUCUCCGUUACAUACUUCUUGACCCAUACAAGUAAAUCUAUGUGGAUGAAUUUGCCAAUGGCAAUCCUCAUUCUUUGCGGUCUGCGGAUUCUCUGUAAUCAGAUUGAGUUCAGAUGGAAAUAUCUGCCAACUCCAAGGCAAAAUCAGUUUUCUCACCUCGAGAAGAAGCGCUUGUCCUUGAAUGAUCCACGUCUUUCCACUGUCCCACCUCCUCCAAGGUGGAAGAAGAAAAUCGACUCUCCUGUGGUGGAAGCUGCAAUCAAUGAUUUUAUUGACAAGAUCCUUAAUGAUUUCGUGAUAAAUUUGUGGUACUCCUUGAUCACGCCAGAUAGAGAGGCCCCUGAACUGAUCCGUGCUGUAAUCAUGGAUGCUCUCGGUGAAAUUUCAGUAAGGGUCAAAGAGAUAAAUAUCGUUGACUUGCUAACCAGGUGCCGUCCUUUAUUCCUCUUCCCUUACGUCGAUAAUGCUUUCGCAGUCCACCAUAAAAUGUCUAGAGUAACUUGGAUUGGAUCUUUAUUGGAUGAUAAUGAUAUCAAUGCCUUCACGUGCAGGGAUAUAGUUGAUCUGAUAGGUGACCAUUUGGAAAGUUUUAGAAGAAACCAUGCUGCUAUAGGUACUGAUGUUAUGAAGACAUUGUCAUCUGAGGAGAGAGAUGAAAGAUUGAAAUACCAUCUUAUGGCUUCUGGGGAGCUUUAUCCUGCACUCAUGUCACCUGAGAGUGAGUACAAGGUGCUUCAGAAAAUAGUCGCUGGCAUAUUAUCUGUGGUUCUCAGACCACGAGAAGUUCAGUGCCCUCUUGUUCGAACGAUAGCUAGAGAGAUUGUUACUUGCUUGGUAGUCCAACCUCUUUUGAAUUUAGCAUGCCCGGAGCGUAUCAACGAGGUGAUUGAGAUCGUUAUCAAUCUUAUUAAGGAGGGAAACUUUGAGCAGUUUUCGGGGGAAGAACAGAAUGUUAACUCUGCCUCAUCGUCAGCCUUUGAUAAUCAAGGAAAAAAUAUGAGUUUGACAAAAGUUAAUGAGCAGAAGACACCAUCCAUAGACUAUGACAGAUAUCCACAGCUGCCCAUGCAACAACACUCUGGUGAUUGGGCUCGGAUGCUAGAGGUCGCAACGCAAAGGAGAACAGAGGUUCUUACUCCUGAGAACCUUGAAAACAUGUGGACAAAAGGAAGAAACUACAAAAAGAAGGAGUACAAAAAAUCUGAGGCCAAACAGAAGAAUUCUAGCUCCAUAUCGAGGACUUCUACGGGAGCAGAAGAAAAAGUAGUGGCACAAUUGCCCCCUAGAGUAAGCGUUGAUAAGCAGUCACAAACGCAAAUGGCUGAGGAUUAUAGUAAAUCAUCUUCAUUUGAAGGAGGGCGCCACAUAUAUGAGGUUGAUGUUAGAAAGGAAUUUCCUUCUGAUGGAAACAAAAAUAGGCUUAAGAGAUCCAAUAGUACGUCGGAUCUUAAUAAACAGCCUGAAACAAGGCUGGCACUAUUAGGAGUCGGUGAGGGGCCUCUUAUCACAGAAUUCUACACCACUGAUUUUAUCAAGCACAAUGAAAAUUAUAUAUGUGAUAAUAAAUCCCCAAAUAUUCUUCUUCACAAAGAGGGUCAGCAUUGCCCAAAGCUCAAAUGUCGGGUUCUUGGAGCUUAUUUUGAGAAGCUGGGAUCAAAAUCAUUUGCAGUAUAUUCUAUUGCCGUGACCGAUACUGAAAACAAAACUUGGUUUGUGAAGAGAAGAUACAGUAACUUCGAGCGAUUGCAUCGUCAACUUAAAGAAAUCCCAAACUACAAUUUACAGUUACCCCCAAAGCGUAUAUUCUCAUCAAGCACCGAAGAUGCUUUUGUUCAUCGUCGCUGUAUUCAGCUGGACAAGUUUCUACAAGAUCUGCUGUCUAUAGCUAAUGUUGCUGAACAGUAUGAAGUUUGGGAUUUUCUAAGUGCCUCCUCAAAAAAUUAUUCUUUUGGAAAGUCUUCAUCGGUGAUAAAAACUCUUGCAGUUAAUGUUGAUGAUGCCAUGGACGAUAUUGUACGUCAGUUUAAAGGGGUUUCAGAUGGCCUUAUGCGCAAGGUUGUAGGAUCUCCACUUGAAGAAAAUGAGCAUGCUCCUACCCGCCACCUCUCCUGGAGUGUAAAUGAAAUAAAUACUCAUCUCUCUAAGGAAAUUGCAACUGAGUCGAUGAACAGCAGCAUAUCUGAUAAUGAAGACAUUAACAAACUUGGAGAGAGCACUCAAGGGGAAGGUAGACUUGAUUCAGAAGCUAAUGGGUGGCACUCAGAUAAUGAAUUGGACUCGAAGUAUUUCCAACCGAGAGUAGUUAGGCGUCUAGGAGAGCCUGAGAAUUCCCCCUUGGAAAUGAAAAUGAUUUUAAGCGAUUUGCAGCACGCCGAUCCGUUGGUUCACAAUCCUACUGUGCCACCUGAGUGGACGCCGCCCAAUGUCAGUGUGCCAAUUUUGAACCUAGUCGAUAAAGUGUUUCAGUUAAAUAGAAGAGGUUGGUUAAGGAGGCAAGUUUUCUGGAUAUCAAAGCAAAUAUUACAGAUAGUUAUGGAAGAUGCUGUGGAUGACUGGCUCCUGAGGGAGGUGUGUUGGCUGCGGAGUGAAGACACAGUAGCUCACGGAAUUCGUUGGGCUCAAGAUAUUCUUUGGCCAAAUGGCGUAUUCUUUACCAGAGUGGGUGACAGUCAAGAGGCAUUGGAUGAGACCGACCCCAGUGAAAAAACUUUCCAAAUCGCAGGCCAACUUGGUGGCAUGAAGGUGACUAAACCGAGUUCAUUUGAGCAUCAUCUCGAGGCUUCACAUAGAGCUAGUGAAAUCAAGAAAUUCCUUUUCGAUGGUGCCCCAACAGCCUUAGUGAGUAUGGUAGGGCACAAGCAGUACAGGAGAUGCGCGAGAGACAUCUUCUAUUUCACUCAGUCGAACGUAUGCAUAAAGCAACUAACAUUUGCAAUACUGGAGCUGCUACUCCGAUCUGUUUUCCCGGAACUGCAAGAUAUUCUGAGAGACAUAAGGGAGAAUCCGCAUGGUCGGUCAGAGUAA